AUGUCUAUCAAUGAAGGGCGCCACGACAUGUCCUAUGGAGAGUCCAAUGGUUUCCUCGACGGUAUCGGUGGUGGAAAAAGACGGAGCGAUGCAGAAGCGAAGAAUAUCUGCCUGGAAUGGCGCCACCAGUCCAGCGUACCUCACGGCUGCCACAAAUUGGUUAAUAGCCCGGAGAUUUGCGAGAACCUCUGCCAGUAUCAUUUGCGGAAGCAUAGCAGCACUCCCGACUGCACUCAGGAGAACGCCGGUGUGGCCCCCAUUGUUAAGAUCUCCCAGCCGCAUACUUCCCUCCUUUCCGCAUUCACCGUCUUAAACCUGGAGAACUUUGGCCUGACGAUGCGCUCAAAAAGGUCGCUGCUAUGCCUCAGUUGGAGAAAUAGAGUCUACACGUGUCUGCAUAUACUUCGAGUACUCCGAGAAGUUACUCUGGGCUGCUUACGACGGGAGGGAUCCAGCCUAGAGCUGUUCUUGUUGAAAAUACUCAAGGCUCCGAAGGAGAUGGAAAUUGAGCAUAGCGAGGACUCCUUACUGGCAGUGGAGCUAGUCCAUGUCGUGGAGGCGGCUUACAAGGUUUAUGGCCCACCAUUGAGUCGGAUAUUGCACCCGACUAUGAGAACGGAGCUCGUUAGUGUCACCGGUUUUCCUUGGGGUUUUUGGAUUACCACGACGAAAGCCCUGGGCUUACCAGCUCGUGGGAUAUCGAUGGUCGACUUCGUGUUCGACAAUUCUGAUAAUUGGUAUAUCGCUGGUCAAGACAAAUCUACCAAGGAAUAUAAGGUGUGGAAGGCCCCAUUCGAUGAGAAAGGGUUGGCGGUCGAGAUAUUCACUGGAGAGGCAACAUCGAUUGACCUAUACUCUACCAGCGGAAACACUUAUGUUUUCGCAAUCGUUGAUAGCGAGAUUCGUAUGUAUGGUACCCCCGGCAAUCGCCGACCGCCUCUUGCGGGUGAUUUUGUCGUCAUCCGAGCGGCCGAAAAUACCCACGAUUGGGCAGCUCUUAUCUUCGACAGCUCAGCUAAAUAUCUUUAUGUGUCCGACAGGAAGAUGAAUCAGGUCUAUCGCUUUGAUGUGACUUCUUCAAGUUACCCUGAGAGGCUUGUUGCUGGUAAUCCCGAUGGUGUUGCUGCGGAUGAUGAAACGCAUCUCGACCAUCCCGAAGGAAUCAGGUUUGCCCGUGGUGACCUCUAUACUUUACAAGGUUCCCCUGAAGAAGGCCAUAUUGUUAGGUGGACUCCUGGUAAGAGCAAACGAAAGUCCGUCUACGACUUCGCCGUUAAUGGUCGGCUGGGUUUCGAUGUGGCGUACGUCACGCAAGAUUACAUCUAUUACAGGAAGUCCGACGAUGCAGUGUACAAGCACUGUGUAAAUUCUCCCUGCAAUGAGCCUAUCAUCAUUGCUGGAGGGUGUGGAGCUGGCCAUGAUAAUAAUCAGCUCGUCGAUGCAGGAGACGGAGCAUUACGAAUGGCCUACAGUGGCAGGCUACAAUUAUGGGAUUUUGGUGCUACUACUAGUACGCCGUGUACCACUGCUGCCACGACGACCACUGUGAGUCCUAAUUGCGAUGCCUAUUGUGCCAAAAUGAAGAAGGGAAGCUAUUGCAAGUACUGGCAGACUCCGAGUGUUUGCUUCGGAACUGAUAUUCCCUGUUCAUGCG